AACCCAACUACAAAAACCCACUUCUCACCCCAACCAAGCACUAGACCAUCGAUCACUCUCUUGCCUUGCCUCAUUCUAUUUUUCUUUCUGGCAUUUCCACAAACAAUUUCCCAAAAAGAAAAUCGUUUCUUUUCACUAACAUGGCCAGACCACAACAGCGUUAUCGAGGCGUCCGACAAAGGCAUUGGGGCUCUUGGGUAUCCGAAAUUCGCCACCCUCUAUUGAAGACUAGAAUUUGGCUAGGCACAUUCGAAACGGCUGAAGAUGCUGCUCGAGCCUAUGAUGAAGCUGCGAGGCUUAUGUGCGGACCAAGGGCUAGGACCAAUUUCCCUUAUAACCCCAAUGCAUCACAAUCAUCGCCAUCAAAACUUCUCUCGGCAACUUUGACAGCUAAAUUGCAUAGGUGCUAUAUGGCCUCGCUGCAAAUGACCAAACAAGCAUCACUUAUUGAACAACAAAAAGCACCAACUUCACACGCUUACUCCACCACGUCCACCACCACCACCACCACCACCACUAAUGGCGUUGCUAUAAAAAGUGAGGAAUUGGGUACCCGGUUGCCGGAGAAAUGUCCAUUGCAAGUUCAAGAAACAGAGGCGAACUGGGUUGUCAGGAAAGUUCAGGUUGACAGCAUCCAGCAGCAGUUUAAAACUCUUGAAGACCAUCACAUAGAGCAAAUGAUCGAGGAGUUGCUUGAUUAUGGGUCUCUUGAGCUAUGCUCUACUGUGCCAUUUCAGUCUAUGUAAUGUGCAAUCCACAAGUGUCACAAAAACACCAUCCUUAGUCUAGUAAUCAUUUGCACUGCCACUCUUUCAUUUGCUAAUUUAACCCCAAUUUUUAUCACCUUUCCAUCGCUUCUUCAGGUGUUUUAGUGUUUUAGAGUUUAGACCCCACUCUUGUCUGGUCCUUAGAAGUAUCCCCUUAAGUGACUCAUUUGAUGAUGAUUAAUGUACAGUAGAGAAUUUCAUGAAUAUAUAUCAUGUUGCCC